ACCCUGCAAGGUCUUUUAUGUUUUAAUAGGAUGCUAUAAGCUGGAAGGUUAUCAGUGAAACGUCGACUGUCAAUAGUUCGUUCAUCAGUUAAAACUGGCAAAUUUUGCAUCCCUAUCAAGAACUGCAGCAGUCUUUCUCUGAAUGAGCAUACAGUCAACUGGCCCAUGCCAACUAAGGGUGGGUGAGGUGUUGAUCAGGCGGCAGCACACAAUCAUGCAUUCAGCUCUCUAUGGUAGACUGUAUCCCAGUCAUAUUCAGACGAAUGCCAUUCAGAAAGCCGUGCUCGCUGUGGGAUCGGGAAUCGCUGCUAUACAGAAUCCCUAUAGACAUGACAUGGUGGCAGUGCUUGGCGAGACUACAGGGCACCUGGCAUUGAGAGGACUGAGGAACAGAAUGAGGAAUGAUCCUGAAGGUCAUGCCAUUCUCACAGAACGUCCCAGGAUCCGGUUAUCCACGCUUGACCUUUCUCGGAUGUCAGCUCUUCCGGAAGGCUCCUUAGGGAGAGAGUAUCUUCGCUUCCUGGAACAAAAUGAAGUCACACCUGACACACGAGCUGAUGUUAAGUUCGUUGACGAUGAGGAACUGGCCUAUGUGAUGCAGCGCUAUAGAGAAGUGCAUGAUUUAAUACACACCUUGCUGGGAAUGCCUACGAACAUGCUCGGAGAAGUUGCUGUUAAGUUGUUUGAGGCUGUCCAGACUGGUCUGCCCAUGUGCAUUCUGGGUGCAGCCUUUGGCCCACUACGUCUAUCCACCAGUCGAAUGCAGAAGCUGGUGACAUCUCUCGGACCAUGGGCUUUGCGAAGUGGCAGUCGUUCGCAGUGCAUAAUGAAUGUCUUUUAUGAGCGCCGUUGGGACCAAAAUCUGGAAGAGCUCAGAGAAGAACUGAACAUUGAGCCACCGCCUCUCAGUGUGCAUACGAGCAACAAGAGAGCAUCAUCGGCAUCCUAGCAACUCUGUCCUAUGCGUUAAGGUUCUAGACUUUUACCCUAUUUUAUUACCAUUGCUGAGUCUUUACUAUCACAUGACAGCCACCAGUCAGAGCGGGUGAGCGCAAGCAUGUGCUUUCCUGAUCUUGUAGACACUUGAAGCCAGUUAGUGCCUUUUUUUGCCACAGGGUAGCUUAAUGGUGCCCAAUUCUAUAUACAUAAGCUUUCAGA